AUGGCGAAAGACGUGUUUGUUUUGUUGUGUGCCGGUCUGUGUUUACAGUUUGCGUUCGGUCAAUUCGGAUUCUUUCCCCAACGCGAGAAUCGUCGCUUCAAUCCUUUCGAAGGUGUCCAAAACUUCUUCGAAAAUCCAAGAAGAACAUUACAAACGAUCCUUCACUUUGGACCUGAUAGAGAAAAUCAGAACAGGCCGGGAAUAAUAAACGGACAAAAUUACGACCAAUAUGGAAGACCAAAUUAUCCGAACAACUUGUAUCCUAAUCAAUAUUACUAUAAUAAUUUUAACUAUCCAGAGAGAGAUUACAAUAAUGGUAAAAAUGUAAUAUUUGAGCCUACUGUAACAAACAAUCCAUUUGAGGAUACUAUCAGUCCAAACAGAGAUACUAAUGAGUAUCCAAUUCAAGAUGCAGGAAUAUCAAAUGAAGAUUAUAACAUAAACAUAGACCAAAAUUCUGAUAAUAAGCCAGAUAAUGGAGGUAACUUCGAGGACAACAACAAUGGUAUCCCGGACACACCACCAACUGGUUUGAAUGACGGAAACGGUGACAGUGCACCGAAUAAUGAAUUUGGAAAUGGUAACAUUUUUAACGUGCCACCAUCUGAAUUCGAAGAUAGAAACAACGGAAUACCGAAUCUUCCACCAACUGGAGUCGAAGACAAAAACAAAGGAAUCCCAAAUGUACCACCACCUGGAUUCGAAGACAGAAACAACGGGAUUCCAAAUGUUCCACCACCUGCAUUUGAAGACAGAAACAACGGGAUUCCAAAUGUUCCGCCACCUGGAUUCGAAGACAGAAAUAAUGGAAUACCAAAUACACCACCCGUUACUAAUACGCCAUUGACGACGCUGCCGCCACUGACCCCGGUACCUGCAUCAGAUACAAGGAACAACUUCAACUUCGGAAGCCAAGGAAUAUUCAAGGAGACAUGUGAAACUCUGGACGGAGGUAUAGGCAGCUGCCUCAACGUGUUCCAGUGCGAGCCGUACCUCAAAUUAAUCAAGCAAUCCAAAUCUAAUCCUGCUGCUGUUCAGAUCUUGAGGAAGGCGCAUUGUGGCUUCGAGGGCAACAAUCCGAAGGUUUGCUGCCCGAGGCCCAGCAUACCCACGGACCCACCUGAAGUGGUGAUUCCCACAGAACUCCCUACACAGACUCCGCCGACUGAGGCCCCUCUACCUUCCGGCAAGACGGUUACAGAUGGGGACCACGUUAGCGCGUUCCCGGAGCCACCAGUGUGUGGUGUCAGUAACGCCUCAUUCACCAGGGUGGUGGGUGGUGUCAAUGCUAAACUGGGCGAUUUCCCCUGGAUGGCGCUAUUGGGAUACAAGGGACGCAGUGGGCAGGGCACUCGGUGGCUGUGUGGCGGCUCCCUCGUCUCGUCGCGUCACGUGCUCACCGCCGCCCACUGCAUACACGGCCAUGAGGACGACCUAUAUUUAGUCCGCCUGGGUGAACUGGAUUUGGCGAGAGACGACGAGGGAGCCACCCCCGUCGAUGUGCUCAUUAAAAACAAGAUCAAGCACGAGGAGUACAGCCCCAAGGCGUUCUCUAACGAUAUAGGAAUUCUUGUGCUGGAUAGAAACAUCAAGUUUACAACCUUCAUCCGACCCAUCUGCAUCCCGAAAGAUAGGGAGUUGCGAGCGAGGAGCUUCGUUGACUACAACCCCAUCAUAGCUGGAUGGGGUGACACAGAAUUUCGCGGUCCAACGGCCACACUUCUGCAAGCUCUGCAACUGCCCGUGGUGAGCAAUGAGUUCUGCGCGCAAGCAUACUCGCAGUACAAAGCGCAAAAGAUCGACGAGCGCGUACUUUGCGCGGGCUACAAAAAUGGCGGCAGAGACGCGUGUCAAGGUGACAGCGGCGGCCCGCUCAUGCAGCCCAUUUGGAACUCGAAGAAGUUUGUCACGCACUUCUACCAAAUCGGCGUGGUGUCGUACGGCAAGAGAUGUGCUGAGGCUGGCUUCCCAGGAGUCUAUACCAGGGUGACGCAUUUCGUUCCUUGGUUAGAGAAAAAAAUGGUAGGGACAGUUUAA